UUCUCAGCACAUCGAAAUUCAUCAAAAUCUGUAAAUUAAAUCGCCCGGUAGUUCGAAAUCACUUCAACUACAAUUAUCCUUUAAAAAGAUUAUCAGUUCAUAGAGUUUCAGAAUGUGGAGCAAAAUUUUCUUAAAUGUGGUGAAAUAACGAAGUAUGACAAGUUAAGAAUGCUACAACUUUUGAAAUCCGCGUUAUGCAAAAUUAUCUUUCAUCGUAAAUUUCACAUCAGUGCCAUGACGUUAGAGAAAGUACCGAUUUCAAAAUUUGAUAAGAAUAUUUAUCUGCCUUAUGAAAACCUUUCAAAAAAAUUGGAUAUAGUUUACAGUCAAUUGAAACGUCCUUUAACACUUUCUGAAAAAAUACUUUACUCUCAUUUGGAUAAACCAGAAGAUGGAAACCUUAAACGUGGUGUUUCCUAUCUUAAUCUCCGCCCUGAUCGUGUGGCUAUGCAAGAUGCGACAGCUCAAAUGGCUUUGCUGCAGUUCAUUUCAUCAGGGUUGAAAAAAGUUGCAGUACCAUCUACCGUGCACUGUGAUCACUUGAUUGAAGCACAAGUUGGAGCCAAAGAAGAUUUAAAACGCGCCAAUGAUUUGAAUGCAGAGGUAUAUAAAUUCUUAGCAAGUACUUGUGAAAAAUAUGGAUUGGGUUUCUGGAAGCCAGGUAGUGGCAUUAUACAUCAAAUUAUUUUAGAGAAUUAUGCCUUUCCAGGGCUGCUUAUGAUUGGCACUGAUUCACACACACCGAAUGGUGGUGGUCUGGGUGGCUUAUGUAUAGGUGUCGGUGGUGCUGAUGCAGUGGAUGUAAUGGCCAAUAUUCCUUGGGAACUUAAGUGCCCACUAGUGAUUGGCGUACUUUUAACUGGCAAAUUCAGCGGCUGGACAUCUCCAAAGGAUGUUAUAUUAAAAGUAGCUGACAUACUUACAGUGAAAGGUGGUACAGGUGCGAUUAUAGAAUAUCAUGGAAAAGGAAUUGAAUCUAUAUCUUGCACUGGGAUGGGUACCAUAUGUAAUAUGGGAGCAGAAAUUGGUGCCACCACAUCGUUGUUUCCCUUUAAUGAUCGUAUGAGUAAGUAUUUGAAAGCCACAGGCCGUGCUAAAAUUGCCGAAGAAGCAGAAAAAUACAAAAAUACAUUAUUUUCGGCUGAUAAAGAAGCUGAGUAUGAUCAAUUGAUUGAAAUCGAUUUGAGCAAACUGGAACCUCAUGUCAAUGGACCGUUCACACCAGACCUGGCGCACCCUAUAAGUAAGCUUGGUGAGAAUUCCAAAAAAAAUGGUUAUCCAAUGGAUAUUAAAGUUGGCCUAAUUGGAUCAUGUACCAAUUCAUCGUAUGAAGACAUGGGACGUUGUGCCAGCAUUGCUAAAGAUGCAAUGGCACAUGGCCUGAAAUCAAAAAUAAAAUUCAAUGUAACUCCUGGCUCAGAGCAGAUACGUGCCACAAUAGAACGAGAUGGUAUAUCUAAGGUACUAACUGAUUUUGGUGGGACGGUUUUGGCAAAUGCGUGUGGUCCUUGUAUUGGACAGUGGGAUCGCAAGGAUGUGAAAAAAGGUGAGAAAAACACUAUAGUUACCUCAUAUAAUCGCAAUUUUACUGGACGCAAUGAUGCCAAUCCUGCUACACAUGCAUUCGUGACAAGUCCAGAACUUGUAACAGCGUUAUCCAUCGCUGGCCGUCUAGAUUUCAAUCCCAUUAAAGACGAACUCACAGGUAAAGACGGCUCAAAAUUUAAGUUAAAAGCACCCCAUGGUGAAGAAUUGCCUGCAAAGGGGUUUGAUCCCGGCGUGGACACAUACAAAGAACCACCCGCUGAUGGGAGCGGUAUAAAUGUGGAUAUUGAUCCCAAAAGUCAACGUUUGCAAUUGCUUCAACCGUUUGAUAAAUGGGACGGUAAUGAUUUGAUUGAUAUGACCGUACUUAUCAAGGUCAAAGGCAAAUGUACUACUGAUCAUAUAUCAGCUGCUGGACCUUGGCUUAAGUUUCGUGGCCACUUAGACAAUAUAUCAAAUAAUCUCUUUAUUGGAGCUACUAAUAUAGAAAAUAAUGAAUUGAAUAAGAUCAAGAAUCAACGAACUGGCGAAUGGGGUGCUGUGCCGGAUGUAGCACGUGACUACAAGGCUAACAAAAUAAAAUGGGUGGCUAUCGGUGACGACAACUAUGGAGAAGGCUCCUCACGUGAACAUGCCGCACUUGAACCAAGACACUUAGGUGGUCGUGCUGUUAUUGUGAAAUCCUUCGCUCGCAUACAUGAAACGAAUUUAAAAAAACAGGGAAUGUUACCAUUAACUUUCCAAAAUGCUUCCGACUAUGAUAAGGUGCAACCGACA